UACAAACUUGUUUGGGAUAAUUCGUAUUCAUCUUUCUUCAGAAAGACUCUUCGAUAUAAAGUAGAUUGCAUUCCGCCAGUAGUGGAGCCGACAAACUGAAAGUGGAAGCUGAAGGUGGAUCAGAGGCAUGGAAACUCAUCAUUUUUUGUACAAAGACAAGACUCUGACCUUCUGAAAGACAUCAAUGGAAAAUCAUGACCUCUUAUGUGACUAUUUUGUUUGCAGAGGAGGAAGUGAAAAGUGGCUAUGUAAGUUAAUUGCCCUACUAGAUUCUUUGGUAUUUGUGAGUCUGAAUUAUUUGCAAGUAUUUCCAAAUUUUCAAGAAUUAUAUGUUAAAUAAUAUUUUAAAGUUUGUUUUGUGUACUCUUCUUGAAGAAAAAACACUAAAGUUACUAUAAACAAAUAUAGUUGCAAGUUUUUAAGAACCAAAAUCCGGAGAUAUUUAUUUAAGUCAGUUUCCUCUAGUCAAUAUUUAAUGAGAAAUAGCAAUCCAGUAUUUGCAAGGUUUUCCACGAGAUAUAUAAUAAACACAGGAGCCACCCCUAAUUUUAAAACAUAGUAUUCAUGUGUUCCAAUCUACCUAAAACACACGCUCUGUUCGGCUCCUACCGGUAUUCCUUUUUAUCCACCAACUAGCAGCAAACAAAUAACAAAAGGACAGAGUCAAUGCAUCCUUUUUGUUUGCUAUCCUAACCACUGAUACAUUAUUCUGCUUAGAAGAAAACUAAAACCUUUAAAAACAACUUUCUCUACUCAAAUUUCUGCUUGGUGUGCUCUUAUUGGAGUAAUUUGCUUCCUCUGAUUUAUAUCAAUGAUCAUAAUUAUGUGAAACUUUCUGUUUCCACAAUUUAAUCAUAUGAUACAAAAAGCUGUCACUACAUAUUAUUUUUUAACAAGCCAAAGUCGAGAUGAUUCCGACUUUUAUCUUCUCUCUUUUUGGGUUAUGAAUAAGUCAAGAUGUUUCUGUUCUAGCAAGAAUGUUUCAAACAAGUGCCCAGAGUUAGUAAAAGUCUGUCUAUCAAGAGAAAAGAAGGCAAUAUAAUCUCUGUGUGUGUAUGUACAGACGUAGAUCUGACAAUGAUGUGUAAUGACAUUUACUUCUUAAAAGAGAGAAGAAGAAACAAGCAAUAAACAAAUGUCAACUGUUGGAGGAGGAUAUGGUUGAAGUAAUAAUGUCUCCAUUGGGCUGUUUCUGUUAAAAAUAAAAGGUUUGAAUUUUUCAUACUGCAGGAACACAAAAGAAUUCCUCCAGUCCCAAUGGGUGGGGGAGGAGGAAGAGACUUGGACAAACUGUUGAUUGCCUUUUUAAACGCUUCCAACACUCAGUAUUUACAUAUAAAUAUUGCAGCAAAACCACCAACUUGAGGGUUACUGACAGUUCCGUUUUGAGUAUUUUAAGCUCAUUGGUGCUUGCAUCUGUAUUGAACUUCCUUCCAUAUAUACGCGUCCUUUCAAGUGGUAUUCUCAUUCCUCCCAGCAUUUUAAGAAGUUGGUAAUCUCUGAGCAAAAGAAAUAGUAAUCUGCUUUUUAGAACAAAGCUGAAAAAAAGAUAUAAGAGAUGAUGAGUACGGCCGGCCUCAUUCUGCUGGUGUUGUCUUCUUGUUGCUUGUCUUUGCUGGAUGCCCAACAGAUCACUCAUCCGCUUGAUGUUAGUGCUCUGCACGCUGUUCGUCGCAAACUGAAGGACCCUAUGAAUCAUCUUCAAGACUGGAAAAAGACGGAUCCAUGCGCCUCUAAUUGGACCGGUGUUUUCUGCAUCGCCGAUCCUUCCGAUGGAUAUCUUCAUGUUAAAGAGUUGCGGUUGCUCAACUUAAACCUCACAGGAACACUUGCACCUGAACUCAGCCAUCUAGCGAACCUCACCAUAUUGAACUUCAUGUGGAACAAUCUAACGGGUCAGGUUCCACCAGAAGUAGGCAACUUGACUCAUCUCAUCUUCUUGCUACUAAGUGGAAAUAAACUGACGGGGCCUUUGCCUCAAGAACUCGGCUCUCUUUCCAAUCUCUUAAUCCUUCAGAUAGACUACAACGGCAUCAGCGGAGACCUUCCAACGUCAUUAGCAAAUCUGAAAAAACUGAAGCACUUCCACAUGAACAACAACUCAAUCACGGGUCAGAUUCCCCCUGAGUACUCUUCCUUACCUGACGUUCUGCACUUCUUGAUGGACAAUAACAAGCUAACUGGAUAUCUUCCACCUGAGCUCUCUCAGAUGGCAAGCUUAAAAAUUAUACAACUGGACAAUAACAACUUUGUUGGGACAGAGAUCCCAUCUUCCUAUGGAAAGAUACCCAAUCUCGUCAAACUGAGUCUCAGAAAUUGCAAUUUAGAAGGACCCGUUCCUGAUAUGAGCAGAUCACCGGUUCUCUAUUACUUAGAUCUAUCUUCCAACAAACUCACAGGAGAGAUUCCCAACAAGAGGUUUUCUGGGAACGUCACAACUAUUAACCUGUACAACAAUAUGCUCAACGGAUCCAUCCCUUCAAAUUUUUCAGGCCUUGCACGUUUGCAGAGACUGUCUCUGAAGAAGAACAACUUAAGCGGGGAGAUUCCUGUGAUAUGGGAGAAGAUGAGCUUUACUGCAGAGGCAAAACUGAUCCUGGACUUGAGGUACAACUUGUUUACAAAUGUGUCAAACGUUCUAAACCCUCCUUCCAAUGUCACGGUCAAGCUUUACGGAAACCCAGUUUGUGCAAGAGUAAAUGAGACAAACGUAGCUGAUCUCUGUGGCGUCUCAACAACAGUAGACGUGGUGGAAUCACCUGGAAGUUCGUCGGACAACUCGAGCACCACGGGAGAGUGCAAACGACAAUCCUGCCCCUUGAGCGAAAACUACGAAUACGUGAUUGGUUCUCCAGUUCCAUGUUUCUGCGCUGCACCAAUUGGGAUUGGACUUCGGCUUAGGAGUCCAAGUUUCUCUGACUUUCGACCUUACACAGUGGCCUACAUGCUCGAUGUGGCAUCCAAUCUCGGGAUAAAUCUCUAUCAGCUGUCUAUUGAAUCAUUCUCGUGGCAAUCGGGUCCAAGGCUAGCCAUCAACAUGAAGGUUUUUCCAGAUUUGAACAGUAAAUUCAACACAACGGAGCUUCCACGCAUUGUUGACUUCUUUGCAACUUUCUCUCUGGAUACCGACGAUUCUCUGGGCCCCUACGAGAUUAUCUAUAUCAACCUCCUGGGUCCUUACAAAGACGUUACUCUCAACUUAUACCCGAGUAAGUCGGGAAUGAGCAAAGGUGUCAAAAUUGGAGUCAUUGUAGGAGGAACCAUUGCUUUCUUCCUUGGAUUAUCCUUUCUAGCGUUGCUCCUCUUCUUCAUCAAGAGAAAAGCUAAGCAACAACAAGAGCCGAUCGUCCCUAAAUCUCCAAUUAACAUGGAAAGCGUGAAGGGUUACAAUUUCAUGGAACUUGAUACAGCAACAAGCAGUUUCAGUGAUCUGUCUCAGAUUGGCAGAGGAGGCUAUGGGAAGGUCUACAGAGGGCAUUUACCAUGUGGCCUGAUUGUGGCGGUCAAACGUGCAGAGAAAGGAUCUCUUCAGGGCCAAAAAGAGUUCUACACAGAGAUCGAGUUGCUCUCACGGUUACACCACCGAAACCUUGUUUCUUUGCUCGGCUACUGCGAUCAGAAAGGAGAACAGAUGUUGGUAUAUGAGUUCAUGCCCAAGGGUUCUCUUCAAGACGCACUCUCUGCGAGGUUCAGAGAGCCGCUGAGUUUCGGGCUAAGGUUGAGAAUAGCACUGGGGUCAGCGAGGGGGGUUUUGUAUCUGCACACAGAGGCGGACCCGCCAAUAAUCCAUCGAGACAUCAAACCCAGCAACAUUCUUCUGGACAACAAGAUGAACCCUAAAGUGGCAGACUUUGGAAUCUCAAAGCUCAUAGCACUAGACGGUGGAGGUGUGCAAAGGGAUCACGUAACUACCAUCGUCAAAGGCACCCCUGGAUACGUGGAUCCAGAAUACUACUUGAGCCACAGGCUGACAGAGAAGAGUGACGUCUACAGCUUGGGCAUUGUGUUUCUGGAGAUUCUGACAGGAAUGCCCCCAAUCUCACACGGGAGGAACAUCGUCCGAGAGGUGAAGGAAGCAUGGGAAGCCGGGAUGAUGUUGUCGGUGAUAGACGAGAGCAUGGGGCAGGACUACUCUGAGGAGGGGGUGAAGAGAUUCAUGGAGCUGGCCAUCAGAUGCUGCCGGGAUGAACCAGUAGAGCGCCCAGGGAUGCUGGAGAUCGUGAGGGAGCUGGAGAACCUGUUUACAAAGGAAGAGAAGCCAUAUUCAAGCCCUUCGGUGCAAUCUUCUUCUGCUUCGGGAAUGUCAGGCUUCUUCGCUCCAGGGCUUGGCUCUUAUAAUAAUAAUAAUACAUUCUCACAAUUCACAGCUAACGAACUCGUCAGUGGAGUCAUCCCCUCCAUCGCACCCCGCUAGUCUUUUCUUUACUGUGUGUAGUUUGCUUCCACAUACUCCUACUUACUGUACUAUAUAAGCAAAAACAACGGGGGAAAGCCAAUAAUGCUAUAUAUAUCUUUCGAA